CUGGGUUUGAACCCGCCACCCUCGGCAUAUGGGGCUGGCGCCCUACUCACUGAGCCACAGGUGCUGCCCUCUAAUUUGAUUUUAUUUGCUAUCCAGAUUCUGAAUUUGAUUUCUGACAUCUCAGCUAUUUGUUUGUGCUUGGGAUCUUGUGCUGUGUCUGCCCCAUUGAUCCUUGGGGGAGUUGAUCUACUCUGAUUAUUCAUAUUGCCAGAGUUUUUCUGUUGAUUUCACCUCAUGAUUGUUUUUCACUGUUGCCUCUGCCCAUCCUCAGUGCUGGGGAGGUGUCUCUCCAAUAUUAGACCCCAGCGGGAUCGCUCUAUUGUUGCUGGAUCUUUGUAGGGAGUGACCCUGUGUAGUUCCUCUGCAGCUGGGGAGUUCUGGUUGUGGAAGCAGCUCUGGAGUAUGACACACCCAGAUCCAGCAACAGGGCGGGAGGUGGUGCGCAUGGUUCUGGGAGUGCCUGGCACCCAGUGAGUUUGGCACAGAGAGCCCAAGCCUCCAGCAGUCUGUGCCCAGGAGAAGGGCUCUGUGCAGAGGCAGGGAGGGCUCCGGAGGGCAUGCAGCUACCAGUAUCCCUGGCCAGACGAGCGGGCUGGUGUGGAGGCAGGGAGGGUACAGAAGGGAGGGAGGAUGCAGGGUUGUGCAGUUCCCACAGUUCCUGGUCAGGGCAUGCCAGCUCUGUCCCCACCUUUAGGUUGCUCAGUCACUAGGUUACUAGCUCCCACCCAAUCCUUGCUCUUCGACCCUGAGGGCAGAGCUUGCCAAGCCAGUUCUCUCACAAUGGCUCCCUGGGGCCCAUAGCUGAAUAUUAUUAGGUCCGUCUGGCUCAGCGGCUCAGUCUGGGGCCCUAGACAAUGCCCAGAGUUCUCUGCACUCCUGCUCAAGCUCUCUCCAAGGCAGUUCAACUGAGUGCCAAGUCCAGAAACACCGAAACAGUUCACAGGUCUGCCACAAUGCUAUUGCUGCUACACAGAGCUAUGGUCCCCAGGGUCCGACAGGCCUGCAGCCUCAAGUCAGCCCCCUCAAGGCUCUGGAUUCAGGCCUGCUCUACAAAUGAUUCACUUCAGCCCCAGCACCCCAGACUCACCUUCUCUGGUGAUAACUCUGGCACCAGGGGAUGGAGAAUCAUGGGGACCCUACUAGGUCUUGGUGCAGUGUUGGCCUAUCAUGACCAUCGGUGUAGGGCCGCUCAGAAAUCGACACCCAUGUACACUAAGGAGGAAGUGAGUUCCCAUACCACCCCUGAGACUGGGAUAUGGGUGACUCUGGGCUCUGAGGUCUUUGAUGUCACAGAAUUUGUGGGCUUACACCCAGGCGGCCCAUCAAAGCUCAUGCUAGCAGCUGGGGGUCCCCUGGAGCCCUUCUGGGCCCUCUAUGCUAUUCACAACCAGUCUCAUGUGCGUGAGUUACUGGCUCAGUACAAGAUUGGAGAGCUGAACCCUGAAGACAAGGUAACCUCCACCUGGAAUACCUCUGACCCUUAUGCUGAUGAUCCUGUACGUAACCCAGCCCUGAAGGUCAACAGCCAGCACCCCUUUAAUGCAGAGCCUCCCCCUGAGCUGCUGACAGAGAACUAUAUCACACCGAAUCCUAUUUUCUUUACCCGGAACCAUCUACCUGUACCUAACCUGGACCCAGAUACCUAUCGCUUGCAUGUAGUAGGGGGACCUGGAGGUCAGUCAUUGUCUCUAUCCCUGGAUGACUUGUACAAGUUUCCCAAGCAUGAAAUCACAGUCACUCUGCAGUGUGCUGGCAACCGGCGCUCUGAGAUGACUCAAGUAAAAAAAGUAAAAGGUCUGGAGUGGAAGACAGGGGCAAUUAGCACUGCACGCUGGGGUGGAGCACGGCUCUGUGAUGUGUUAGCCCAGGCUGGUCACCAUCUCUGUGAAACUGAGGCCCAUGUCUGUUUUGAGGGCCUGGACUCAGACCCCACUGGGACUACCUACGGAGCAUCUAUCCCUCUGGCUCGGGCCAUGGACCCUGAAGCUGAAGUCCUGCUGGCAUAUGAGAUGAAUGGGCAGCCUCUGCCUCGUGACCAUGGCUUCCCUGUGCGGGUGGUGGUUCCUGGUGUGGUGGGUGCCCGCCAUGUCAAAUGGCUGGGCAGAGUGAGUGUGGAGCCAGAGGAAAGUUACAGUCACUGGCAGCGGCAGGAUUACAAAGGCUUCUCUCCAUCUGUGGACUGGGACACUGUAGAUUUUGACUCAGCUCCAUCUAUUCAGGAACUUCCUGUCCAGUCAGCUAUCACAGAGCCCCAGGAUGGGGAGACUAUAGCGUCAGGGGAGGUGACCAUCAAGGGCUAUGCAUGGAGUGGUGGUGGCAGAGCUGUGAUACGGGUGGACGUGUCUCUGGAUGGGGGUCUAACCUGGCAGGCAGCUGAGCUGGAUGGAAAGGAACAGCGUCCCAGGAAGGCAUGGGCCUGGCGUCUGUGGCAGAUGCAAGCCUCUGUGCCAGCUGGGCAAAAGGAAUUGAACAUUGUUUGUAAGGCUGUGGAUGACAGUUACAAUGUCCAGCCAGACACCGUAGCCCCAAUCUGGAACCUGCGUGGUGUGCUCAGCAAUGCCUGGCAUCGUGUCCGGGUCCACAUUGCCUCAUGAGAGUAUGGAAUGGAGCUGUCUACAUCUCAGAAACGCUGCAACCCUUUUCCCUACCCCAUGGCCACAUUGCCCAUAGGAUCACAACCCUGUACUGUGCCUUCCUAAACCAUUCCCAGGUCUACAUGUUACACAUGCCUUGCACAUUUCCACCCAGAUACCCUCCCUCCUGGGAUACUGUGUUACAUACCUUCCUGGCCUCUGACAUUGUGCCAGGAGGUGGGAAAUGUUGGAGCAGGGGGCUAGAAGUGAGAAAAGUUAUUCUGGAGACAAGGACUAUUUCUUCUGCCCACCCCACCUCCAUUAUCACCAUCAAGGCCUUGUUUUGCUUUUCUUCUAGGAUUCUUCGGAGAAGGUGUGUGGCAUGUGCAAAAAAAGUCAUAUGCUACUUUCUACUGCUUCUCUGGUUGCCAGGGAGUGGUGAGGAGAGAGAAAUGCAACCCUCUCCCUUUAUAGUUCUACUUUUCUAAAUAUUAAUAUAUCAAUAAAGUGUUUAAGAUUAUGA